CCCCCCCCGCGCGCAUGCCUUUCACAGCCCGGGCGUGAGACAUGGUGUUGUCAGAGCUGGCGGCGCGCCUCAAUUGCACUGAGUACAAAAACUGGGUGAAAGCAGGACACUGCCUGCUGCUGCUGCGCAGCUGCCUGCAGGGGUUCGUCGGCCGCGAGGUGCUCUCCUUCCAUCGCGGACUGCUCGCUGCAGUUCCCGGCCUUGGUCCCCACGCCACCUGCCGCGGCGGCUCCCGGUGCAGCCCGCGCGCUCGCCAGUUUCAGCCUCAGUGUCAAGUGUGCACAGACUGGAAACGCGAGAUCUUGAGGCAUCACGUCAACAGAAAUGGAGACGUGCACUGGGGAAAUUGCCGGCCUGGUCUCUGGCCCGUGGACGCUUGGGAGGUAGCCAAGGCCUUCAUGCCUCGAGGACUGGCAGAGAAACGAGGACCUGAGGAAUGUGAUGCAGUUGCUCUGUUGAGUCUCAUCAACUCCUGUGAUCACUUCAUGGUUGACCGGAAGAAAGUCACCGAGCAUGUGUAUGCAGUACCAGUGGAGGCCAGUAAGGAUAUCAGAUCCCCUUGGACCGGAGGUACAGACGUUGUUACCUGCCAUCUAAUUCGGUGUCGGAACGAGAUAAUGCACUCUUCAGAGAUGAAAGUAUCUUCUACGUGGCUUCGAGAUUUUCAGAUAAAGAUCCAGAAUUUUCUGAAUGAAUUCAAGAAUAUUCCAGAGAUUGUAGCAGUAUAUUCCAGAAUAGAGCAGCUGCUGACAUCUGACUGGGCUGUUCACAUUCCUGAGGAGGAUGAACGAGAUGGGUGUGAAUUGGAAACAGGAAGUUACUUGAGUGUGAGCCAAAUCCAUGAAAUUGAAACGGAACUGCUGAAGGAAAAACUGCAAGAGAUGUAUCUUCAAGCAGCUGCAGAAGAGGCGUUGCCAGAAGAGAUCUCGAAUCGACUGGAUGUGGUGAAAGCGUUUCUGAGAAACAACACAGAUCUCAGAAAUAGCCUUACAGAAGACGUGCAGAAGCUAGACAGCCUCCAUCUCCAGCAUCAGAAACAGACUUCAAAGGAUGCUGAGAGACAGCCAGCUGAAAGGAAGCCUUGAGGUCAAUGGAAUUAGACAUCUUCUUCGUGUCAACUCUGGACUUUGCUGUGUUCCCAAAACCUGCCUAGAAGAAACGCGCCAUGCCAAGGCUCAGCAAACAUGAGUGGCUCCUUCACCUGGUCAGCCGCCUGCCUGAGAUGGAAUCUUCAGAGAAUGGCUGCAGAGAGACCGUAUUUGGCCUAGAUUUUGGCUUUAGAACCCAUGUGAAUGCAAAUGUGCCUGCAGCUUGGUGGUCUCAUUUCCCAGUUGCUGUUUGCUUUUCAGUCUUACCUUUUCUUUCUCCCUUCAUUGUUCUCCCUUCUCAAGUUCCUUGAGAAGGCUUCAAAAGUAAAACAAGACUUUGCAUUUAUUUUGUAGCUUUGCCAAAACAAACAACAACAACAGCAAAAAAACCUAAUGAAAUACCUCCUCCUUUCUAGAUCUGAGGUACACACCAUGGACUCUUGAUCCACUAACCCACAAAGACCUGGUUUCUAACUAGGAAGUUUAAGAUCUGAACCUUUCAGUUUCCACCUGUGUCUCGUUAGUUUGUCCUUCUCAGUCAGCACGCACUUCGCACUUACCAGUGUCAACCCUGUGCCAGACAUUGAAGUGGAUACAAACGUAAAAAGGGGUGAGGUCACACCUUCCUGGCUUGUUCAGAAAACUGUAUGCUAGUAACAUUUCAUUGCAUUGCAACACAGAUUUGUUUGAGGGGCUCGAAGGCAAGUGUGCUCUAGACUGAGGCAUCAGCCUGUAGGCAUCUCUGCAACAGAACUGUGCGCCUGGGCACAGGGUAUGUACGAAUGGAUGGUCACCACAGCAUUGAUACCCAGCCGCCAGGAGAGGACCUGCUAAAUAAGGCAUAGAACAUCUGUACUAUGUACUGUGCCACAUACCUGUUAGAAAGAGUGAGCCCGUGCUGCAGUACAAUAAUGGGAAUUACCUAGAAGACCUCGAAAGUCAAGAAAUGGCUGAGAGGGUGGGGUGGAGCCCAGCAUGCACGACACCUUGAGUUAGAUCCUCGCUCCACUGCCACAGGCAAAUAAGUAGAAAAGCAAAGUGUUUAAUAAUACCUAGCAUGCUACAGUGCUGUUUGUAUUAUAUAGUAACUGAGGUCUGGAAAGGUUUUUUUCCAAGUCUGCUGGCUGUGUUAUGUCUAUGAGAGGAUUUGGGGCUAUGGGGAGUAGUCAGAAGGAAUUUAUCUUUUGUAUUUUGUAUAUUCUUUUUAUAAUAAAUACGCACUUGUGUAUUUUGAAACUUUUCAAAACGAGACACAUGAGCAGCAUACACAGUAUGCAUGUAAUUUGUUUGUAGCUCCACCUCCAGGGGUGCUUCCAAAUCCUAGCACCAGGGAAGGAAGCCCAGGAAGGUCAUUGCCUUCUCCCUAGGCUGCCUUCAUCUCCCUAUGGAACACCCGUCUCCAUUCAAAAGUUUGGUUUACACCCAACCCUCCCUGGGACACAGGUGCUUGACAGUUUUGAAGGAAUUUGUGGAGGAAAAUGAUGAAAUCAUUAUAGUCGCAAAGAUGAGGCAGGUCCUUAGCUUAAGCCUUGUCUUUAUCAGGGAGUUCAGAGAACUUGAAGAAGAUGGGACAUACUAAACCCUGUCAAAACACGUGAAUUCUAGGAAUGGGGGUCGGUCACCAGUACAAUGGAAAACUAGCUCUGCUAAAGCAGUAAGGGUUGCUGGCUUCCUAAAAAGCAGGGGGAGAGCUCUGGGAUGGCUUUACAUUCCUAAAGUCUGGGAGGAGUAUGAAAUGAUUGUUACUCUAAUAAUUUGAAGAGCUGCUUUUUAUUGACAUUGGUUAUACUUAACACGGCUUUAAACACUAGUAGCCUAGGUAACAAAGGGCCAGCUGUCCUAGGUGGGCAUGUUAGAAAUUAGGUAAAUGAGCUGAGGGCUGCAUCAAAUUCGAGUGGAGUAUUGCAGUCUUUUAGAUCACUUCUUUAAGCAUUUGGCCUCUGAGGAAAUCACCAGAGAUUACCUCCUUUUCCUUUGCCAGGUUAAUUAGAAACUUACUUGCUCUGAAGAGCCUUCACUCGACUGGCCUUUAUUAAAAUAUAUUCAAAUUACAAAAUACACUUUGUAAGACAUGGCUAAAAUAAUAAUUUCUACUCAUGUGAAAUAAAAAAAAAAGCAUCCUUUCAUGUUUUAAUAAAAAUCUUAAUAUAAUUCACUUUGUAACUUUAA